UAACCACUGAACCAAACCAGCUAGGGCCAGAGUCUGUGUCCUGACAACAAAAGGGUGCCUGCCUCACUUGAGUUAGGACAGUGAGUCACAUUGAGCUAGGAGAGGAGCAGGAAGGCAGUAUUCCUUGCCCGCCUCAGUACAAGGUAUUCAACAGUCCCUAAAGGUUUAAUGUUGAAUUAAUAGUUGUUAAGACAACAAUGGAAGCACGUUUACCAUAUUUCUGUAAACACAGAAUCGUGAGACAGGGAGGGCAGCUUUCCGGAGGGAAUCUCAGUCUCCUGUUAACAUUGCACAUUGCAGCCACCCCCAGGCUUAAUGCCUGUGAGUUCAGAGCCUGGCACUUCUUCUGUUCCAGUUUCUUUAAUCUUAGUUGACACUCGGGAUGCAGGUUCCUCUCCCACCUUCUCCAGUCACCAAUGUUCAAAACCAUUGAAUGUGAGUAGCUCUGCAAAUUUGGAAAGGGGGUUGGCUACCAUCCACUUCUGGUAGAAGAUGGGGACCCCAAGCUACUGCUGCCCUACCUCAGAUGGCAUUCCGAUCUGGCUCUGCCAGGUGAAGAGGAUCUGGACCCUCACUUAGAAAGUCCACGCCUGAGUUCAGAGAAUUGUGGAAACCAAUAUAACCUAGUAUUCAAAAUCGUUUGAGUUGUUUACAAUAUGUCUGCAGAUUAUUCCUGACAGUGGCUGUCUGAUACAGAUUUGAUUUUCAGAGCUCCUCACAUGUUGUCCAUGUGCUGUGGACCUGGCGAGCCUAAUCUGGCAAACAUGAUGUAAAAUUUUAAUUUUGAUAAUUUACUCCAGAGCAUUAUCAGGUCUCUAAUAUCUUCAGGAAGAAAUCUAAGACUUCCCAAAAGUUAAAGAGAGUAGGGAUUUCUUUAAUGGAAAAUGUUGUUAACAAAAUACAUGCAGCUUUGGGUCUUCUUGAAGCAUCUAAUGGCUGUGUUAGGUAACAGCUAAGAAAUAUUACACAUAACUUAGUUAUGAUUUUUAAUAUAGAGAUGUGAAGACCCCUAACACUUUUGGGAAAAUGGUUUCCAAUUAGGAGAAGAAAGGAACAAGAUUAAAGAAUUCAUUUGCCCAAAUAUUCUGUUUUUAGCUAUCUGUUCUUCUAGGUUUUAAUUGGUUUAGAAAGGAAGUCUAAGACAAGAUCCUUUUUGGUCACCAUACUAAGGUGCUGCUAAGCUCUAUGAUUUCAGUCUCUUCUUUUCUCCAGGUACCUGGCGAGAUUUGUAUUUCAUUUCAUCACCUUUAGUCAGGACUUGUUUGGUGUCAGCAUGGUUGUCCCUUUAUUGAGCCUUCAUGUCAAGUCUCUUGGAGCAAGUCCAACAGUUGCAGGAAUAGCAGGCUCCUCCUAUGGCAUUUUGCAGCUCUUUUCUAGCACAUUGGUGGGCUGCUGGAGCGAUGUGGUUGGAAGACGGUUCUCCUUGCUGGUGUGCAUUCUCUGCAGUGCCCUGGGUUAUCUCAUUCUUGGAGUAUCUACCAACGUGUUCCUGUUUGUCCUUGCUAGAGUCCCUGUGGGUAUUUUUAAACAUACACUCUCCAUCUCAAGGGCUCUGAUUUCUGACCUGGUUCCAGAGAAGGAGCGGCCGUUAGUCAUCGGACAGUUAAAUACAGCGUCCAGUGUGGGCUUCAUCUUGGGCCCCAUGGUUGGUGGCUAUCUUAGUGAACUAGAUGGUGGAUUUUGUCUUACAUGCUUCACCUGUUUCUCUGUCUUCAUUCUCAAUGCUGGUCUCGUUUGGCUGUUUCCAUGGAGUGAAGUAAGUGUCAGCAGUACAAAGAGCAGCCUGCGACUGGGUAAGAACGAUGCACGCUUGGGAAAGACAGACCUCGGAGUACAGGAGGCCAGUCCCAGCCCUGGGAGUAUGGUGGGUGAGAAGGCCCGCAGGGCACCCUGGACAGAAGUCACAGCCACGCUGCAGGACAUGAAGAGCUUGGUGUUUUCUGAGAUGUGGGACAUAUUCCUAGUGCGCUUGCUGAUGGCCGUGGCGGUCAUGCUGUAUUACAGUAACUUUGUCUUGGCCCUGGAGGAGCGCUUUGGGGUGAAGCCCAAGGUGACAGGCUACCUUAUCAGCUACAGCAGCGCCCUUGGGGCCCUGGCUGGCUUGGUCCUGGGGCCCGUCCUGCGGCUGUACAGGCACAACUCCCACAGGGUCCUGCUGCACUCCAACGUGCUCACCUUCCUGCUCCUGCUGCUCUACUCCGUGGCCCCCACCAUGGGCGCCGUCGUGGUCUCCUCCACGUUACUGUCCUUCUCCACGGCCAUUGGCAGGACUUGCAUCACAGAUCUCCAGCUAUCGGCGGGCGGGGCCCAGACCAGGGGCGCCCUCAUUGGCAUGGGGCAGUCGGUGACGGCAGUGGGCCGGAUCAUCGCCCCCCUUCUCUCCGGCGUUGCCCAGGAGGUCAGCCCCUGUGGACCCCCUAGCCUAGGGGCUGCGUUAGCCUUGGUGGCUAUUUUCAUAAUGUCACUGAACAAGCCUCGCUGUGGUGGUGACCAGAGUGACAGAUUAAAAAGUGAAUAGAAUGGAUUUGAAGAGCACAAGGAAGCAAAUCCCAGGCGUGUGAACGAGGGACAGAGUCCAGGGGAGAGGGUGUUUGGAAAGGUUGAGCGUCUAAGUGAAAAGACUUGUUUCCAGGUGGUUCAUCCGGGUCAUCCUCCAGCUCUGCAUGUGGGCCCAUGGGAAGGUCAGGAGUCAGAGCCCUGCCAAAGGGGCAGGUGUCAAACAUGCACCUAAAUGUCUUCUCUUCCAGCUUGGGGGGAAGAGCCACCAGCCACAGGACAGGAAAAGAGUGAUGGGAUAAGAGCAUGACCUGUGCAAGGAGGGCAGAGACCCAAGGACUUCCUUCUAAAUAAAAACAGGGUAAUGCGUUAAUAGAGUGCUAUCAGCGGGUACAGGUUCCUAUCCAAAUGUACAGGUGAAGAGGGAGCUUUCCUAUGGUCACACCCUAGAGAUGGAAGAUGCUGCUUUAUUAAAACCAGCAUGACACUUUCUCAAGUUACAGCAAGGUUAUGAAUGCUAGUUCCAGCCCACCCCAGAGACGGAUUCCAUGGGCUGAGGUGAGGCUCAGGCAUCUAUUGUAUUUGGUGAGGACCACUUGCAACUCCUCAUGGAGGUAGAAAAGGGUUCGCUCUGAGACAUGCUGGUUUCAAUUAGAAUAAAGCCCAGAGAGACUUGUUUGUCCUUACUAGUCACUAACUCAGUCUGGACUAUACCCUCCCCAGCUCUCAGCAUUGUACCCUUAACAUUUUGUGCAGAAUAAGAGUGUCGGGUGCCAUGCCUUCCCCAAGAAACUUAAUUCUGCAGUGUCUUGUGUUGAAAGUCAUUUAUUGUACUCUCAUCUGUGAACGGAAGAGCUGUGUAGUCUACACGGACACAUUUUGGUGUGCCUUUUCCUGGGCCUAGGAUGAGCUGCAUUCCAAGAUUAGUGCCCAAGGGGUGAGGGGCCCAGAGUGAGGUUAGCAAGGCUCGCAGGAAGGCGCUUGUGAGGCACUUCCUGCGCCUCACAAUGGAUGACUUCAUUACUAAUAAAAAUCCUUUAGCAGCGCCCUCUCUUCCUCGCACGAACUACCCAAGUGCACAUUCCAUUCCGGCCAUUCUUCUCAAUUAGCCCACCAGGAGGUUAGUCCUGCUUUCACCCCAGUGCACACAGAGGACCGUGAAUAACCGAGGGUUCUUAUAAUAACGAAGAGUUUCAGGAGAAUUUCUCUAAAGAUUGUCUUUCCUUCACUCUCAGAAGUAGACAGGUUUCUUAGAAGCUCUCAAAUACAGCCUAGUUUUUAUUUUUUAAAUCACAGCACUUUAUUUUUGAAGUUAAAUACAAGCCUAUAAACUUGAUGAGGCUUUUCAGUUAAUCAGAUAUGUGGAAAUACUCAGAGCCAAAGACUGGCCUUAGUAGAGAGAGUAGGAAACACUGUUGCGCUGGUGAUGUCAGUGUUUUGGUCACGUGAUUCUUUUUUAGAUAAGUGUUUCCUCACUGCUCCUCUUCAAUAGUCUAAUGUGCUGCUGCUGUUGAGGGCGUUCUGGGGACCAGCAGGGCCAGGACCCCGGGACAGACACACCCACCUCCAACCAGCUGGGCCAUUCCCACAGGACGCCCACCUGCUUUGUGUGCUCUGUAAAGUUUACAACCACUGUGUGUUGGACAGAAUUUGUAUAAUUUAUGGAAUACAACCUCAGGGAAAUUAAAUCUGCUCAAUUAAA